GCCACCUGUGCCAGGUGCCCUGCGGACUACAGUGAGGCGGGCAGCGCGGAGCAGACACCAUGAGCAUCUCGGCCCUGGGGAGCAGCGGCAAAGGGAAGGCUCUCCCGCCUGGCGAGGAGGAGCGCAAGAACGUCCUCAAGCAGAUGAAGGUGCGGACCACGCUGAAGGGGGACCAGAGCUGGAUCACCAAGCAGGAUGAAUCGGAGGGGCGCACCCUAGAGCUGCCGCCCGCCCGGUCUCGCGCCACGUCCUUCUCAUCAACUGCGGAUGUCUUGAAGGCCAGGCCUCCGAGCGCAAGGGCUCCCGCUGGCUACAUCAUCCGGGGGGUGUUCACCAAGCCCGUAGACAGCUCAAGUCAGCUCCAGCAGCAGCUCCCCAAGGCCAAUGGCGCUCCGAAGAGCGCCACGGGCCUGGCGAGGGCAGCUGCUGGGCCACCUCGCCUCUCCUCCUCGGGCUACAAGAUGACCACGGAGGAUUACAAGAAGCUGGCCCCCUACAACAUCAGACGCAGCUCAGCAUCAGGGGACCCCGACGACGAGGAGGCGCCGUUCUCCUCUGAGGAGCAGAAGCGCAGGUCCGAGGCUGCCAGCAGCGUGCUGAGGAAGACGGCCGCACGGGAGCACUCCUACGUCCUGUCGGCAGCCAAGAAGAGUUCGGGGGUUGAGGUGUUGGACGAGGACGGACACUCUGAGAAGCAGCAGGACGCACCCACGGUGAUGAAACCCGUCCCGGCCUCGAGCAGGUCUCCCCUGCGCCCCAAAGACAAGGAAGGUCCCAGUCCCGGAGAGCCCGUGAGAGACUUGGCAGGCGAGGAGGCUUUCAAGGUCCUGGACCCAGACUCAGCAAGGCUGUGCUUAGCAGGGGGCUCCGGCCCUCUCCCAGACGAGGACAUGCGCGGUGCCGACUCUCAGCCCUGCAAGCCCGGACCAGUGGCCACCAGCUCUGGGGCCACCUUGGCCUCAGCCAUCUUGACUGACGGGAAGAGUGGCAGCCUGGCACACCCGGAGGAAGCAGAGGCAGACCGGAAGGGCCCCUCUCCUGCCUCUGAGGAGAAAAACGUGGGCCCUGAGGUGCGAGAGACCUGGCAGGAGAGGCCCGUGGCCCCGACAGGAAGCCCAGAUCGCCCGGCCGUGCUCACCCCGGGGCCUGAGGACACCAGCGCCCCCGAGAGGGAGAAGCAGUGCUGCCCCGGGGGCCCCGAGACGCUCGUGGAGCUGGACGACUGGGCUGGCAGCCCCUCUCCUGCCUCUGAGGAGAAAAUCGUGGGCCCUGAGGUGCGAGAGACCUGGCAGGAGAGGCCCGUGGCCCCGACAGGCAGCCCGGAUCGCCCGGCCGUGCUCACCCCGGGGCCUGAGGACACCAGCGCCCCUGAGAAGGAGAAGCAGUGCUGCCCCGGGGGCCCCGAGACGCUCGUGGAGCUGGACGACUGGGCUGGCAGCAAGGGCGUCCUCUUUGUGAAGGAGUACACAAGCGCCAGCGAGGUGUCUUCUGGGAAGCCGCCAUCUUCACGCUGUGGCAGCGCCAGCACCACUGAGGGCUCCCUUGGCAUGGAGAAGAAGGCCCCUUGCGGCAGCACUCUGCACCCCGAGAGCGCUGCCGCAGGGCUGUGCACAUACUGCAGCCGGGAGAUCCGGGACGGCCCGAAGAUCACCCUAGACCACCUUGGCAUCAGCUGCCACGACUACUGCUUCAAGUGCGGCAUCUGCAGUAAACCCAUGGGCGAGCUCCUGGACCAGAUCUUCGUGCACCGCGACACCAUCCGCUGUGGGAAGUGCUACGAGAAGCUCUUCUAGGUGCCUCCGGCCCAGAAGAAGCUGGCGACUCCCAGACGCGCUCCCCAGGCUGCUGGUCUCCUUCCCGCGCGCCCUCCCUCCCCAUCUGAUUUCUUCAUGCUUUGCCCUUGUCGAGUUGAACCUGCUUAGGCCCAGGAGCAGGUCUGAGUGAUGGUGCCCGGGUAGCUCUUCUUAGCUUAGAAAGCACUUGUUCGCUGACCGCGGUUGCAGUAAAGAGGACUGAGCAGGAGCCCAGCCUGGCGUCUCGAGGACACACGCCCCAGUCGAGGUGGCCUGCUGUUCGGCGUGGAAAGAACUGGGGGCUCACGGUGCCCUGACUCAGGGCAGAGAGCACCCCACCUUCUUUUCUGCAUCUCUGAGCGCAUGUUUGGAAUUUGAGGGGAGACCUGUGGCUUCAGGGGGCCAGGUGGAGGGCUGUGACGCCGGGGGCAGGACCUGCCUCCUGGGUGCCUGUUUGGAGUGCAGGAAACAGUCAGCUGAUUUUCACAGGUGCAGUAACAGUCCGUGCUGUCGCCGCCUUCACUGCAACGGGCUUUCCCUGAGGCGCUGGCGUGUACUGGAAAGUUACACGCGCGGGCUUCUGGUCUCUCCACACGAUUCUUAGGCGGUUACUGACCAAAGGCUGGUCUGUGUCUGCAAUUUGACAGCUGGUUAACAUGUUGCCCUCAGUCCCUGACCCCUGCACUUGAUCUGGAGACCCCUCAAGCAGGUUCUAGGGUAUGUGGACUCCAGCCGGACGACGGAGAGAAGCAGCUAACGCCACGGCCUUACCCCACGCCAGGCAUGGUCACCAGGGCGGGGAUGUGGUACGACAGGCCAUGUGCUGACACUGGACGUGAGCUGGCCUUCCUUGGGUCUGGCCCGUACACGCGGCUUGGCGCGCGGUAGGCUCCGAGGAGAGGCCGCUCAGGGCAGGGAGGCGUGAAAGGGAAAGAGAGUCUCGGGGCGGGAGCUACCACCUGAGUGUCGCACAGGCCCAGCUGAUGGAGUGAAGGGCAGACAGUCCCGCCGCGCCGGCCUCCCUGCCCCACCUUCUACUCUGUGUUCAGGGAGUUCGGCCCUGCCAUGCGAGACGCCAGCAGAGAGCACAGGCCCAACAUCGAGUUUGUUCCGAGCAGCUUCUUUCGAGCUUAGAGAGCACCGAGUUCUGCAGACAAGAUGGCGGUUGCAUGACACUUUGCUUCUUUUUAACUGCCGGUAUUUUAACCAUACUUGUUGCCCGCAUUAAAGUCUACACCUCUAACACAACGCCAAGAUUUCAUGUGUGUCGCUGCUCAGGUUUCCUUAUACCUGUGAUAACCUGGGGGUACUGGGCCAUGUGAUCUGUUUUCUCCUUCACCUGAAGCUAUUUUCUACAAAAGCGAAUAAACACUUCCAGAAGUAUUAAGUCUACAGCGGGAGAAAUUAGCAUGACGUGUAGAUUCCCCCAGUAGACUCCCCCAGAAGGGCCGGCCGCUAGGCCCGUCAGACCGCUUGGAUGUUGGCUUGUCCUGGGCCACAGCCCUCGUUGGUGUCACAGACAGACGCCGCCUCGCCGGUGCUGGCUGUUGGCAGUGACAGGCCGGUUUCAGGAAGCGCGCGCCCAGCCGAUGCGCUUCAGCAAGCGCAGACUCGCUCCCCUGAACCGCCCCCCCUGCCGGCUACCCGCUCCACUCCUCGGGCCGCCGAGCAGAUGCGGUGCCUGUCCGCUUCGCUCUCCGUCGCGCCCAGACACCCCAAGACCAACUCGUCUUGGACCGACUUUGAACUGCUCACGCCCAGCCUCAGCCGCCCUCCUCAAAGUUGCCCAGGUGGUGCCCGUGUGCGAGACUGUUUCAUGGUGCUCAGUAAGGUCAGUGUGCCAGGCUGUCUGAGUCCUGUUGGCACUGUGUGGCAGAAGCGGCCCAUGCUGCCAAGUUUUGCAUCCAGAAAUACGGUGUGUGUGCCGGCUUGCUGAAACCUUCAUCUGCUUCAGGGACAAAAACACGGGUGACCAGGAAGCCCACAGAGUGAAGCCCUGCCUGCCAGAACCCCCAUACUCCAGGGGUCUGCAUUCAGUUAGCUACUGGACCAGCACCUCUCUAUUUGCUCACCCCGACCCCGCCACAUCUCGGUCACCUGGGUGACACUAGGAAAGGAAGACAGCAGUGCCCCCACCCGGGCAUUCCUGGGGCUCCUUUGCUGGUGUGGUGUGGCACAAAGACUCUAAGAAAAACAGGGUGGGCGCCAGCCCCGGCUCAGCCACCCCAGUGCUGAGGUGCUGGGCUGGGGUGCGGUGGAAGUAGGCUCCGAUUGCAGGGCCGCAGCAGGCCCCUCAGCCUCCUGGAGACACACUGCUCUUGUUGUGGAAGUUCUGGGUGCAGGGGUAGGGGGUGCAGGACCUGGGUCGCUGGCACCUUGACGGUGGAGAGUUACUCAGCUGACCGCUGACUGCCCUGCCGGUGCCAUGCAGAGGCCCGGGCUGCUGGCCAUUCGGGCCUGGCCUCCCUUCCCAUCUUCCCAUGGUGUGGGGGCUCCGCGGCCGGGAGCUGCGCCAAGGGCACAACUGCUGAGGUGACCUCGGGGACCUCCAAACUGCUCGUCUCUCCUGAGCCCUUCCAAGCUGGGUGCUAGGGGAGGGGUGCUGGGAGCUGCUGAGCAUGAAGGAGGCCUUCCGAGCCUCUUGGCCGCAGGGACCACAUCCUGCUGCCUCUCCCCUUUCCAGGAAGCUGGUGCAGGCCCAGUCCUUCCAAGUCAGCGAGAGAGGUACAGGCUGGCACUCAGAGAAACCUCAGGGGCCACAGGGCUGGAAGAACAGCUGGAAUCCAUACUCGGGGACCAGGUCCUUUGUAGGAAGUAGACGCUGCUCCUGGGCACCUGCUCUUCGCUGCCCAGCCACGCUCUGCUCCAGACUGGCAUACACCCCCCUUGAUGCCCCACUCUGUGGAGUGGCUGGGCAGGGCAGAAGGAGGGGAGGGGAGGAGUACCCAGCCUCCCACUUCAACACGGGUCUGUCCACUCUAAGCGACCCCAUCUUGGCAGCCCAGCAAGGGCCUGGAGGUGAGAGGGAGCUUGGAGGAAUCAUUUCAAACAGACUUGGCCUCAUAAAUGAGGCAGGUGUUUUAAAUGCAUCUCGACAAUUGGUUCUUACAGGAUACAAGGUUAAUUCCCUCACAGAGAUUUCAGGUGCCCUCCCUGGUGGCGC